AUGAAAAGUAAAUUUGAUAAAGCAGUAUACAAUUUCUUGAUUGAAGCUUUCAAGCCGGUGUGUACAAUCUCGAUCAAAUUUUCCGAUGGAAGGACUCGCAAGAAGGUCCCAUUAACAAAGGAAAAUGGUCAAACGCUUUUGGUACCGCUUUUCCGAGAUCAAGAUAAUAUCGCCGGGAAGAUCACCAUCGAACCACGGCAAGGGAAGAGAAUUGAACAUAAUGGUGUGAAAGUUGAGCUCCUUGGUCAAAUAGAGAUGUAUUUUGACAGAGGCAACUUUUAUGACUUCACCUCUCUUGUACGUGAAUUGGAUUGUCCUGGGGAUAUAAACGAAAGAACAACCUAUCCAUUCGAAUUUUCUAUGGUUGAAAUGCGAUAUGAAUCUUAUAAUGGUGUGAAUGUGCGGCUUAGGUAUGUCUUGAAAGUAACAGUUUGUCGUAAUUAUGGUGGAAGCAUUGUCGAAUACACCAACUUUAUGGUUCACAAAUAUUCUCCACCUCCAACAAUCAACACUAGUAUCAAGAUGGAAGUUGGAAUUGAAGAUUGCCUGCACAUCGAAUUCGAGUACAAUAAAAGCAAGUAUCAUUUGAAAGAUGUUAUUAUUGGGAAGAUAUAUUUUAUUCAUGUGAAGAUCAAGGUUAAGAGUAUGGAUAUUGAGAUCAGGCGUCGAGAGUCAACAGUAUCAGGAGCCACUACUCAUGUUGAGACCGAAACACUAGCUAAAUUUGAGCUGAUGGAUGGUGCUCCUAUUAGAGGUGAAUCGAUUCCGGUCCGACUGUUUCUUAGUCCUUAUGACUUGACGCCAACACAUCACAAUAUUAACAACAAAUUCAAUGUGAAGUACUACUUGAAUCUUGUUCUUGUUGAUGAGGAGGGUCUUCGGUAUUUCAAACAGCAUCAAAUUACAAUGUACAGGUUGCCCUUGCAGGAUUUUUGAUCAUGUCUCACAUUCACUUCUACA